UACAGCAGACAAAAAGGAAAGUUCCCCUGAAAUGGCUCCAGGUUGAAGACAGAGUGUAUAAUAUGGCAAAGAAAGGCACAAAGUACACAAAACGGGAACAGUUAAGGCUGAAAAUAGUUGACGAAGUCGGCCCGUUGGAAAAGGAAGACGACUACGAACACCUCUUGAACUUCCUUCAUGAUCGCGGCACUAUUGUGUACCAUGUCCAGGCCGAGGAUCCCAGUGGGUUGAUCGUGCUGGAUCCACGAUGGUUAAUUGAGGUGCUCUGUAAAAUAAUAUCUGUUAAAACCCACGAAGAUGAAGAACUGUCCCUUUUUUCGCUCUGCCAAGAUCUAAAAGGUAAAGGUAUUCUUCAUGGAGAGCUUCUCGAUCAUGCGUUAAGCGCCCAGAAACUCUCUCACAUCAGAGAAUCCUUGUUAUUUACAAUGGAAAAGUUUAAUCUCCUUUGUAGAUUCAACGACAAGGAUGGCAAGCCUGCCUUCUUGGUGCCAUGCAUGCUGACAAUAACGCCAGAAGAAGAUCUGAUUUGUACAGAAGAUGAAGCAUAUGCUCCUGCGUACAUCACAUUUAACACUGAUUAUGUUCCCGCUGGGCUCUUCUGUAGAAUUCUUGUUCUCCUUGGUAAGUGGGCUGCAUCAAAAACCAGUUGUGACCAGCAACAGUUCUUUUCCAAUGCUGCCCGAUUUAUUAUUGGAGAUUUGACCUGCCUAGGACUCGUCUGCCACAAAAGUGUCAUAAAGGUCCACAUUUGGUCAAUGGACUCUUCCAACCCGAUAAAGAUGAAUACGACACUCUGCGAGGAAGCCUUCAGUUCUCUUAAAAGGACUCUGACGUUUCUGAAAAAGGAGUGUUACUGGAUGCGUGCUGUUUCCUGGAAGUUCUCUGGUAAAUGCAACCUGUGUCUGGGAAAAGUAGAUCCCAAGACUAAAAAUUGCUCUCGGCAUGACAAAAAAGGAUGUGACAGUGAUGACUGUGCCCACUAUGUUGCCAUAAAUUCUCGCCCAUUCUGCUGUGAAAAUGCUAAAGUUCUUGAUCAGCGCCUUCAGCGGACUUGGAUACAGGCAUUGCCAUCCAAGGAAGCGAACAGCGUAUCCACCACCCACAUUAACAUGGGUAAGUCAGUUUAUACUCUGAAUCACAAAUAGUUCAAAAAAUCUUAGUGCUAGUACUUACACAUUUUUAGAACACAACUUUAAAUUGUGCUUAUCAACCAUGCCAUACGCCUUCCUUAGCCGAUGCUUUUAUAGGACUCUAAAC